AUGAACACUCAAUCAUCUUUCAAGGAAUUCUGCCGGAAACUCUCACCGGAGAGGAAAGAUUCAGCCGUGACACAACAACAUAACAUCAAUGGUCAUGAGGACAAGAACAAAGACUACUUAGACGCUGUUUUUGCUUACAUGGAUGCAAACAGAGACGGUAGAAUCUCACCACAAGAGCUUCAAAAGAGUUUCAACACAUUAGGAGAUCAUUUGUCUGACGAAGAAGCCGAAGCAGCGGUUAGAUUGUCUGAUACAGAUGGAGAUGGUAUGUUGGAUUUUCAAGAAUUUUCUCAGUUAAUCAAAGGCAAUGAUGAUGAAUCCACAGAGGAAGAGAAGAAGAUUGAGCUUAAAGAAACCUUUAGAAUGUAUACUGGAGAAGGUGAAGAUUGUAUUACUCCGAGAAGCUUGAAGAUGAUGUUGAAGAAACUUGGUGAGUCAAGAACAACCGAUGAUUGUAAAGUCAUGAUUCAAGCUUUUGAUCUUAAUGCUGAUGGAGUUUUAAGCUUUGAUGAAUUUGCUCUAAUGAUGCGUUAA